UCUUUGCCAACGUUGGCGUUAGCGUAUUGUUAGCGACAUGUGGCGUCCAGUCGUACUGCAGGACUGGCAUAUCGACAGGGUCGGGUAGAUGGUGUUCGUGAUGCCUCGCUCUUUCUGCCCUCAACAUGGCAGGAGCUAAUGGCACGAGGUGCUGAACACCGGGGUGGCAUGCGGGACAAGGCAUGGCAUCCACCAAAAGAAAACAUGGAAGGUGCAGGCCAAGCCAAUCCGCUUGCUCUUUCCUGAAGGAAAGCAUGGGAAGGCGUGGGAUGUAAUCAACACGAGCGGGGCAAGAGCACGAGAGCGAGCCAGCGAGCAGCGAGCAUGCAUGGCUUCUGAGACCUUUCCGUCCCAUGCUUUUGUUUCCAUUCCGCUUCUUUUGGGCCGGCGUCAAAUUGCACGUUACUGCCACGAGGUCCUUCUUUCUCUCUCUGCUGAUCUUCUCUACUUCUACUCCUCGUCCGCCAGUUCCUCUUUCUGGCACUACUUCGACUUCACUGAACUUACAACCUCUCAAAUCUCGGUUCCAAAACAUCCAACUCCUUCGCCUCGAGUACUUGUUAUCAAACUUUACCGUUCCUUUUCUCCGCACAUAUUUACUGUCAGACAUCUUCUGCAAAUCUCGGGAAAUUCGGGUGUGCGUUUCGAAUGCUUGAAUAGAAGUCUUACUAGUCUAUUCUCUCGCCGAACAAUGCGGCUCUUCCAUCGCCAUCGAAACAAGAAGAAGAACCCGCCUCUCCCUAUCCAAGAAGAUCUGUUUUCACCCCUUGACUCACCAUCACCUUUACCUCCCAUUCGAAAUUUCUCAUACCCAACCGCGGCCUUACAACCACCGUUGGCACCUCCCAUCUUUUCAUCCGCACAGGCGGGUAUUCACCUACCUCCUACCAGCUUUGGAGAAGCACAAACAUCCACACUCAGUAGCGGCAUCGAGCCCCCGUUCUACUGGGCUUCAUCGUACAGAUCCAUUCGGAAAGAAGAAGAAGGAGCCUCGACAGAUUCGCAGUCUUACAUUUCCGAUACUGGACCAGAGGCGUUUGUCUACGGCUAGGGGCCGGUUCCAGAGAAGAAGAAGAAACGGCGAAGUCUCCUCGGAAUCUCAACACCACAGAGGACCAAGAAGACCACCGAAUCCGAAGGACUGCCGAGAGUCGAAAGAAGUUCGCCACAGAAUCCUGGUCGACGUUCUCUCACUGGAUCUCAAUUUACCCAUCCAUCAGCUCGGGCUGUCUUCGGAAGCCCACCUAAGAAGGCGUCU